AUGUCUCAAAAAAUCGAUCUUACCCAAUUAAAUCCGGAACAACUAAAUGCUGUAAAGCAACAAUUUGACCAAGAAUUGAACCAUUUCACCCAAUCCUUACAAGCAUUGAUAGUGGCCAAAAACAAAUUUGCCGAAUGUGUAUCAGACAUUAAGACCGUUUCUGACGAUGCUAACAGGAACCAAAGUUUACUAAUACCUGCCUCCUCAUCCCUAUAUAUAUCAGGUCACAUAAAAGAUAAUACCAAGUUUAUGGUGGAUAUAGGGACUGGUUAUUACGUUGAAAAAGAUUCCAAGGAUGCCAUUGCAUUUUAUGAAAAGAAGAUAGAAAAGCUAAAUAAUGAAUCAACUCAAAUACAAAAUAUCAUAAAGGAUAAAUCCCAAUCAUCAUUAGCCAUUGAAUCUCAAAUAAGACAGCUUGCUGUGCAGCAACAUGAGGCUGCCAAGAAAGAAGCUACAACAACUUCGAAAUGA